AUGGUCGAGGAGGAGGAGAACGCCCCGAAACUCCCGCAAAAACCGUCAAAGAUCUCGUUUUCGGCCGAAAAUUUGGUCGAAGAGCACGCCAAUUCCAUUUCCACGCGACCCGACGCGGCGAAAAGUUGGCGGUCCGAGGGCGAGAAUGUCGGUGGUGUUGGGAAGAGUGGAUUGUACAAGAGUCAGUCGAAUCCGUUGAGAUCGGUAUGUUGUUUUAGAUGGGUUGAUGGAUUUUUUAGGAUUUGGGGGAUUUUCUUGAUAAUUGGGCUGAUUUCUUUGUUCUUUUUGAUUGAUAAGGCAAAGUGGGGUGUGAUAUUUAGUUUACUAUGAUAAUUGGGUUUUGUAGACAGUAUGAAAAUAAGAUUUUUUUUUGUUUUUCGGCUAAGAUAAGGCGAUUUUGCCAAAUUUUUGAUGUUUUCCCAGUCUAAGAGUUUUAAUUCUUGUUUAAAAAGAAGAAUUAGAUAGUAAAAAGUUAUUUGAGAGGAUAUCUCAGUAGUUGUGACAGUUUGAAGACAUAAAUUAUCAAUUUUUUUACUAAAAUAAGGUGUUUUUGCCAGAUUUUUGAUAUUUCCCCCAAAAUUUUGCUUGAAAUUGUCGAUAAUCAACAUGGAUUUUGUAGUUUAAAGAAUUUCUCGUAUUUACUCAUCAAUCCCGCCGGCCUCCAAUACUCAAAACACUGAAAAUUUACGACUUUUCGGCCAUCUCCCUCCUCUUUUUUAUUAUCAAGUAUAACAUACGGAGACGGUAGAAUUGUGACGCACAAUGUUUUUACUUGUCUGUUAUGUAAGUCAUUUUCAAUUUCAGAGCACGGAGAAUCGACGUCAACCGCUUCGGCGCGCCUACAGGUAAGGGUUUUCAAAACAGAUUUUGUGCUAAAGUUUAGGUCAGGGUGCGGUCUAAAUCAAUGUUUAUCAUUUUCUCUUGCGUCUAAAUACCCGAUUAGUUACCCACUUCCUCUUUUUUGACAAUAAUAUCAACUCAUUUUGGAGUGAUAACAACUUUUUCAAAGGGUUUGUUAAUUUUGACCUAAAUUAAUAUAAUUUUUGUCGCCAACGAUUAAAUUUUGGCGAUUUUAAAGUCUCAACCGCCUCGAUGACUCAUACGGAGCUGAUAUGAAGCGGAUAUAGUAAAGUUUGAUCAGAUUAGCAUGUUAUUCAUGACCACUGAUGGGUCCGCUUCGUUAUUUUUAUUUGUUUGUUUGUCAAACCCUCCGCUGUGACUCAGCGGCGGCGGGCGUGAAUUUGUGGACAUUCGGGGGUGUUCUGAAACGUUUUUUGUUUGGAACGCAAUUCAUUUUUUUUAUUGCGAUGACCCAAAGCCAGAGGCGAUGACUCGGGAAAAUUAAUGUUUAACGUGCUUUUGUUAGUGGGAAGGGUGUAUGGAGUGUGAUAAAGUAACGGGUAAUGUGAGAUGAUUUGCGGGGAGAAUGAAAAAAAAAAUUUUUUCUUGGGGGAAAAGUUAUGAGUCUAACCUAAAAUAAGGUCGAAAAAUUGCUGAAUUUUGACAAUUUAAAAAGGAAAAGGGAACUAACAGGUCAUAUAUUGCCUGGGUGUUUCAAUGGACAUCACGGAUUGCUAAAAAAUGAAAGUUUUUUUGGAUGUUUAGCUAAUUUUCUGAUUUUUUUUGAUUUUUUUAUUGAUUUGACCUUUUUUAGCACUGUAAUAAGAUCCAUAGGGCGUCGUAGACCCUACUGAUCUUUUUUAUUUUUGAAUUCUAAUUAUUUUCCCUUAAAAAAGUCAAAAUUCGACAAAAAUCUCCAAAAACGCCUAGUGUAAUAUAAAAAUUUUUCGAAUUUGUCCCCAAUUUUCUCCAAGCUGAACUAGUGAAGCAGUGAAUGACCUCAAAACAAGGGAAUUUCGUAAUUCCCCCCGAUAAAAUUAUGUUUUACAAGCAAAUCCAUGUUCCGAACCGUGUGCACCGAAACCCCGCCCACUUUUUUUCUGAAGAUUUCGCAAGGUUUUUUUGAGACGCAAGAAGAAGUGAUGAAAUAAAAAACUGAUCCGUAGCUAAUAUUUGGUAGUAAACGUCGUAUUAGUUGAAGGUAAUUUGGGUAAAAAGGUUUUGUUGAAAUUUUUUGGAGAUUUGCAUUGAUAUUUGGAGAAAUUUUUGAGAAAAAAUGAAGAGAAUUGAUGACAGAAGAUUUUACAUGGGUCAAGGAGGAGGUUGAGGGUGUUUUUGAUGCUUUUUGGGGUGAAAAGUUAAGAAUAAUAUCGAAAAAAUGGAAAAAUGACUAAAAUAAGGUCGAAAAAGUUGAUUUUUUUAAUGGAAAGCGAUUGUAAUAUGUUAUUUUAGUACUUUUACUGUGAUUUUACUGCUAAUUAGCGAUAAAUCACAUAGGAAUUUAUGUGGUAUCAGAAAAAAUUUGAGUGCAAUAUCAAAAAAAUGAGAAAAUAGCUAAAAUAAGGUCAAAAAAUUGAAAAUUUUGAAAAAAUUUCAAAUUAGGCGUUAUUAGUUGUACAGCCUUUUGCCAAUAUUGUAUUGGUAUAACGAGUCGGAUUUUGUACCAAAAACAUUCGAAAUUUUGAUGUAAUAUUCAAAUUUUGCCUAACAGCGUUGAAUUACGUAAUCGGACGUUUUAAAAACUGAAAUUUGAUUUUACAGUACUCUAAAAUCAAAUGUCGCUCUUCCACAUGACCCAUAAAGGCUCAUCAUCCGGUUAUAUAAAUUCCCCGAGCUGUUUUUUUCUUCGAAUUUCGAUGCGCCUUGUUAUCAUAUUCAAACCGAAAAAACGAGGAAGAAAUGCUUUCCUUUCGAAAAUUCACUGUCUUUAGAGGCUUUUCGGACUAUUGUGAAAUUUCUAUUCUCUAGCUGCAGGCGUUUUUUGCGUUUUCUGUAAGCUAAAAAUGAGUUUCAGACGGCAAAGACAUGAAAGGUAAAAUUUUGCGGGAAUUACUAAAUUUUUAUUUUACAAGGAAAAUACUUCUAUGGGGUAUGGAGUUACAGGUCGAGACAUGUAUCAAAACAAUCGCAAACUUUUUCUGAUUCAGAGUAAGUAAAAAUUAGCUGCCUAAUUUUGGUUUGUAAGGGCGAAAAAAACCCUCAGAACUUUUCACAUCACGCAAGUGCCUUUUUGGCCAAGUUUUUACCAAUAAAAGCUUUGUUUUGAGCUAAAGUAAACCCUGGCAUCCUGACAAGCCUUAAAAUAGCAAAUUUGAUUAAUACUACACCUUAGUUAGUAACAAUGCAAAAAAGUGUAUUAUUAAUCAAAUUUGAUAUUUUAAGGCUUGUCAGGAUGCCAGGGUUUACUUUAGCUCAAAACAAAACUUUUGAAUUGGUGAAAACUUGGCCAAAAGGCGUUUGCGUGGUGUUGCGAGAAAAGUUCUGAGGGUUUUUUCGCCCUUAUAAACCAUAAUUGGGCAGCUAAUUUUUACGUAUUCUGAAUCAGAAAAAUUUUGCGAUUCUUUUGAUAUAUGGGUCGACCUGUAACUCCAUACCCCAUAGAAGUACUUUCCUUGUUAAAAAUGAGCGAAAUAUGUAACAAACGAUGUGGUAAGGUAAAAUACGUGGUGUAAAAUUGCUUUCGACAUUACUGUAAUUCGUAAAUUUUUUGCUUGAAAAUUCCCGAAAGUACCAAGAAAUCCGUUUUUUCAGUAUCCGAGAGAAAAUUUCCCACGAAACCGCCAAAUUCUUCGGUCUCCCAAUGCACGAGGAUGCGCCGGAAGCCUCGGUGAACUCAGGUCUCAACGAACAAAUCUCAUCGCAGGAGAAUAAAUGGAAAAAACGACGAUUCCGCCAUUUGAAGUCGGCGUACGGCGUUAAAACCGAUGAAGUGGUCCAAAAACUGCAAAAUAGUAAGUCAGAAACGACCGUAUUGGACUCAUAACACCAUUACGGAGCAAUUGAAACACUUAUCAAAGGGUGUUUGAGCAGCGGUUCCGCGAGAAACCGCACAUUUUCGUUGUAAAUCUGGGAUGUCGAACAGGACCUCAAACAAACCUUGGGAAACGUUGGGAACGGGUUUCGAAACCCGAAAAAAGGCGUAUAAUAGCAAGAGCAGUAAAGUAGCAUGCUUUCAGUUGAUACCACCGACUCGGCCGGCAACCACCUCGACAACCUCAGCGUCUACACGGCCGUGGAGCCCGAGAAGCGGGACUCGGUCGCGAAAAUGGCCUACAACGCGGUUCAAAGCAUUCUGAAUGGGUAAGAAUUGGGUGGUUUGGAAAGAUUGAAGAGUGUAGAUUGUAAUAUCAGGCAAUUUGGAAUAUAGGGUACUACUUUUCAUUUUGAAAAAUCGAGAUUUUUGGAAAAAAGUGGAGAUUUUUUGAUUUUUUUUGGAAUUGAUUGGAAAAGAGUGGCAAUUUCGGUUUUAGAUAACUGUGAAAUUAGUAGGAGGACAAUACAGAUUUUUGAACGACAGCAUAUCGAAUAUUACGUUGAUUUUCAUAUUGAAAAUUUGAAAUUUUUUCAAAAAAGCGGGGAUUUUGGUGAUUUUGGAAAAUUAAUUGAAAAGAUGGCCGAACUUUAGAUGGAUAUUGAUAUUACAUUGUUUUUUAUAUUUUAAAUUUCUAGUGGAAUCGUAUUUUGGGUACAUACGACCAUGUUUUGUAUUGAAAUUUUGAGAUUUCUUCGAAAAAAUCUCAAUUUUUGCAAGGUUUUCAAAUUUUCAGCGAUAUGUUCCGCAAGAAACGUCUGCCCACUCUGGCCGAAGAACGAGGCAGCUCAGUGUCGGCCCUAGCUUCCCCAACACCAGCCUACCAACCCAUCCGAGAGAGGAAUAAGCUCCGAAACAAGCGAAGUUUCCCCUUGAUGUCCCAUUACCAAAUCAACCUACCCUCGGCGUCCGCGCAGCAAGAAUCAACCGGUAAUUUGGAAUUCUUUUAGCUGUAUACUCAUGCUUUACCGUAGUAAAGCGAUUUUCAACCGAGGAUCGGCUUGACGGUGCAGUGGGAAAAUUGAAUUUUUCAGUGGAUUUGAGAGUUUUUCGAUAUUUUUUGGACUGGAAAUGAUUUUGGAAAGAUUUUAUACGAGGUUUUGGAUGCCCUAAGGCGAUAUUUUGGUUUGAAAUUGUGGAAAAUACCAAAAAUUAGGCGAUUUUGGGUAGAAAAGGGAAAUUCAACGGAAAUAUGAAUUAAAUAUCAAGUUUAACAUGGAAUCCAGACCACAUCUCGACUGCUAUCACCAUGGUAUGUAUUGGAGUUAUUGCGGAGAUACUUCAAGAAAUCGUGAUUUUUCCUCUUUUUUGGCCUUAUUCUUAAAGUUUUUUUGAUGGUUCAUGGUUGAAAUUUGUGGACCCAGUCAUUUUUUUCGUUUAGUCUUGUCAAGUAAGCCUGGUUCUUCAUUUUUUAUCGUGAUUUUUUGGUGAUUUCAAAAAAUUCUUGCCGAAAAUAAGGUGUUUUUGAUCUCAAUCCUUGAUUCUUUGACAUUCCGGAGCUCGAAAUUAUAAUGUUUGAUCGAAACCCCGACGAAAUUCGUCCAUGUUCAACAAUUUUACAACGAUUUUACCGCAAUUAUUACCUAAAAUAAGGUCCCAGCCGUCUCUCCCUGAAUUUCCCCUCGUUUCUCUCGCCCUCUCCCCGAUCUCGGCCCUCUCUCCGCCGACUGGCCACUUUCACGAAAAAACAAAACCGCGUCCGACUCCGCCCCCUUUCUUUCGCGACAAAAAACCGUUUGGCACAAGCCGCGAGCGCGGUUCGCGGGCGCCGAAAAACCGUUUGUCGCGACGAAUUCUUGUCGCGCGACAAAAAUCCGCAGCCGACUGCGCUUUCGGAGCGCCGGAAAAUUAUUUCGAAUUUAUUUUUCGGUCCCGAGAAGCACUCAAAACUUUCGUAAGUUUUUCCCACUUUUAUGGUAAUUCGAGUAGGUUGUUGGCACAGCGGUUGUACUCUUGGCAUUGUACCGAAAUUAUCGGGGAUUCGCGAGAAGGUAAUUUGAAUUUUUGACUUGAUCUUCGGAAGGAAUUUGAAUAUUCUUGGAAAAUGAUGCCAAGAUUUAGAAAAUUUUUUGAAUUCUCCAAAAUUUAUGCAAAUUUGAGAUGCCAAACUAGGCAAAUUAGGUGUGGAAGGAAAGUUUGGUGACUGUGGAUGAACUUAGAUAGUGUUAGAGGCAGCUUAUGGUCUGUGUUGAGGGUUCUUUCGGACAUUGUUUUAGAGACAUCAAUAUUUUUGAUGGAGUUUUGGAAAUUGCAUGGCAUGUCAUGAUGUCGUAUGAAGUGGUAGGUAAAUUGGGUAUCGUUACGAAGCUUAUAGUUCGUAGUAUGUAGUGCGAUCUGCAUUUUUUGAUUUCAAGGAUUGGCUAGGGGAGAAUUUGAGAUUUUUAACGAGGUCAUCUACUUUUAAAAAUUUUCUCAAUUUUUUCAAUUUUUUUGUGAUAGAUGUUGUGAUUAUGGUUUACAAUGCUGAAAUAAGGUGUAUUCUUUUAUUUCACAGCCAUAUUUAGAUAUUUUGAGGGGCAUUCAAUCUUAUUUUAGCUAUUUUUUGAGAUUUUUGGAUAUUGUUUUAGAUCUUGAUGAUUAUCUUUGCUUCUAUUUGCUGUAAAUUGAUAGUUAACAGUGAGUAAAUUCUCUAUAGGUCCCCACGAUGUGCCAACUACCUAUUUUGGUUACUAUUUUUCCAUCUUAUCGUCACUUUUCCCGUUUUAACCCGUCUUCCAUUUCCAGUCCCCACCGUAUUCGCGUCUGUCUUUCGCCCCCGCACCGAGAUGUGGUCGGAUUACAUGUACCUGGAGCAACAGGCCCAGUAUCGUCCAAUCCGCUUCUCCAAGUCGCUGAAAAAGGGCAUUCGCAAAAUUUUUUGUCGAUUUUCAGUGGGCCAAAGCUUCCGCUCCCACGACGCACCGUCCACCUCGACUUCUCCGCACCAAGUUGAAGAUGUGGAAGCCCGUAAGGACAUGUACGAGCAGUUCGAGCCCGCCGGAUUCACCGGCUCAACGCCGGAAGCGCCCUCAGGAACCACCGGACUCUAUGGACCACGAAUGAAGACCCCAAAGCUGGAGAAAACGGAGGAUUCGGAGGUUCCAACCACCUCAACACCCAUGGAACAGCCCAAAGUCCGUCAGCACAGAGUGGUCUGCCGCACCGACCGCCCGCAGGAAUGGCAACAGCCGUUGUUUUCGACCAGUGUUACUGUUGAACAUGAACAUCCCGCAGACACUAUGGAAAUGCAUGAGGUAGGAGAUUUUGUUUGUUUUUGAGGUUUUUAGGACCGAAGAGAAGAGUUUAUGAAAAGAAAUUGCAAUGCCAAAGCAAUUUGAGAGAAUACAGGUUUUCGUGGUGGGACCAAAAAUUUUGAUGAAAGUUGAAAUUUUUGGGCUCGUGGUUAAAUUAAACAGGAUUUGAUGAUUUUUUGAUGGCCAAAAUACGAAAUUCGCAUUUCAGUGGCCCAGAAAACGCAUGCGCGACCCCUCGCAAACGCCGAUCAUCGAGUUCAGCGACCAAUUCCUGGACGAUUAUCGGCUCACCCCGCCCGAACGCACCAGACAAUUCCCGGUGGAGCCGGCGGAUCGGCAUCAGGACACCACAAAGGUAAGAUUCCAUCCGUUUUUGCUUAUGUUUUCAGCCCCUAAUCGGCCCCCAUGUCGCGCGAACUCCGGCCACCAGCACCCCCGGCCAACGUCAUCAUCGAGGCGUCGGGGAUCUGGUCCACGCCAAGGAGCGCCGCGUCCAUUGCAUCCGACAGGUCCUCGAGGCCACCCGCAACCCGCAGGGCAUCAGCCGCGAACGCCCCUCCAAGUGGUCGCGGGAUUAUUGGUUCGGAAGAAGAGGCCAGCGCGAACGAAGUUUGCCCAUCUUUGGACAAUACAAACGCACCAAAGCGGAUCCCCUGAAGGGAUUGGCGGAUUCCAGAGAUGAUUAUAGGUAAGAGGGAGAAUGGUUAGAGAUCAUGGGAGGCUUUGGGAUACUUUAGGGAUACUUUUUGAUACUUUUUUGGGAUUUUUAAGGAUUUUUUGGAAUUUUUUAAAAUUUUUCGAAAAAUAAGUUGUGCCCUAAGGAAAUAGUGAUGGAAAUGUAAAAUGAGAGGUUUGGAAAGGCAUUUGAAGGUAUUUUCGAUCAUUUAGAAGACAGUUUCUGAUUGAUUUUUGAGAUUUUUUGAUUUUUUCGGGGCUUUUUUGAAAUUUUUAAAAUUUACGGAAAGAAUGUGUUCAACUGGAGGGAUUGAUGAAGAAAAUGCACGUUGUGGCGUUUGGAAAAAAAUUUCUGGCCAUUUUCUAUGGCUCUCGUAAUUUUUUAAAAUCGAUUUUUUGAGAUUUUUCAAAAUUUUUAGCUCAAAUUUUUUUUAUGGAUUUAAAAUGAUAUUUUUAUAAUGUAGAGCAGCGAGAUGCCCUCAGAAUUUAAUGCGACCACUUUUUUCAGACCGAUCUUCACCUACUGGUGCACCGCCGUCCAAAUUGCCGUCUCCUUUAUCGUCCUGUUGAUCUUCGGAAUUGGCACGGAUUUUACGCAUGGAAUUGGAGUCAUUGAGAGAAGUGGGGAUGUCCUGGCGUCCUCCAUGUCCUUUCAGCACAUUGUGAUCUUCGAACAGAACAAUAUAUUUAUUGGUCCAAGAUUUGUAAGUUUUUUUUUAUUUUUUGAGUUUUCGAUUUUUAGGGAUUUUUGGCGGUAAAAAAUUGUGAGAUUUUGACCCUGGGCAUUUGGAACUGGGACGCUCGGGGAAACCGAAAAGUAUUAUUUUUCUUCGAUGCAAGUGUCGAAAUUAGGACAAUCGAGGGUGCUGAUUUUGAAAAUGACAUUAAUUUUUUUUGAUAGUUACUUUUUUCCUUAAGUAGUACUGUAAAGUGGUAAUUUUUUUGAUUUUUUUUCAUAAAUACUCGAUUUGUGGGUUUUCGAUGGUGCUGAUUUCGAAAAUCUUAUUCAUUUUUUCUGAUUUGAAAACAGCACCAUCGAAAACCCCUAAAUCGAGCAUUUACGAAAAAAAAUCAAAAAAUUACUAAUUUACAGUACUACUUAAGGAAAAAAGUAAAUAUCAAAAAAAAAUGAAUGUCAUUUUCGAAAUCAGCACCUUUGAUUUCCCUAGUUUCGACACUUGCAUCGAAGAAAAAUUAUACUUUUCGGUUUCCCCAAUCGUCCCAGUUCCAAAUGACCAGGUUCAAAAUGUCCAACUCCGAGUCAUUUUCAGUCAGAUCUGGUCCAUAUCGGCGCCAAAUACACGCCCUGUAUGCGUCAGGACCCGCGAAUUCAGCGCCUCAUUGCUGACGAACGAGCCCUCGAAAACAACUCGACUGGUUGCUGUGUGGGCCCCGACGGAUGCUUCCAGACCUCCUCAUGCCCCAAGCAAUUCGCCACUUUCCAUAAAUUUGUUCAUGAUGGUAGUCAUCGCGCUGUUUGCGGCCAAGAUCCGAGAUAUUGUUUGUCGCCGAGGUCGGUGAAACCUGUGGAAUGGAGCGUUAACAUCACGGAUUGGCCGGUAAGUUGGGGGUUUGGUUUUUUUAGAGACUAGUGGAAAAGUUUUGAGGGGUUGAGGUUACUGUAACAUAAAAAUUUUGAGGUUUUAUCAAUUUUUUGAAAAUUUGCGAAAUUUUUUGGUUGAUAGAGGAAGUUAGGGGUUUGUUUUGGUGUUUAAGAUUUUAAGAGUGAAAUUUUAGAGUUGAAGAUUCUAAAAUACGGAUUUUUUGGCAUUUUUUGCGAAAUUUCAGGGCUUUAAAAAAUUUUUAGAAACUUUAAUUUUUGAUUAUUUUUAUUUGGAUAUCGAUUCUACAGAGAGGUUUUAAACCAUGUAGAUUAAUAUUAAAUGUAUUUCGCAUGGUAAAAAUGCCUUUUUUCCGACUAAUUCCACCUUAUUUUAGGUUUGCCAAGAGAAGGUCCCGGAUCACGACAUUCCCCAACGUGAAGCCCACAUGAAAUGCGAAGUGAUGGGCCGCCCGUGCUGCAUUCAGAUGCACGGCCAAUGCCGCAUCACCACCCGCGAGUAUUGCGACUUUGUCCGAGGCUAUUACCAUGAGAAUGCCACACUUUGCAGUCAAGUGUCCUGCCUCAAUGAUGUCUGUGGAAUGACUCCAUUCAUGCAGAAAGAGGUCCCAGAUCAGUUCUACCGCUUCUUCAGCGCCUUAUUUAUUCAUGCUGGGUGAGUUGAAAGGGUUUGAAUUGGGGAAAAAUUUUGGGAUUUUUUGAAAAUUUCUGAAAAAUUGGUCGUUAUAACAGGUUUAAAAUCGUUUUAAAUUACUUACUGAGGGUGUAAAUGUCGUUUAGAACCAUUUUUGACCUCAAAAUCGCUCUGUAGAGCAAAUGGACGAAGUGUCAAAAAUUUUGGACGAAAUGUCACUUUUUGAAAUUUCAGUUUUUGGCAUUUUGCGCUGAUAAAAAUGUAAGAAAUGACUUGAAAAUUGAUUAUUUAGAUCGUAGGAUACCUGAAAUUGAUACCAAACUUUUUGUUGACGAAGUGUCAAAAUUCAUGUGAACGAAAUGUCAAAUUUUAAAACCGAUAAUUUUUGACGCAAAUUUAUGCGUAGUGUAUUGUGAACGUUUGUAGAUUUGUUGUAUGGUCCCCAAAUUUUCAGAAUCUUGCCCAUCCUCGUCACCUGCGGCAUCCAGCUGACGAUUAUGCGCAAAUUCGAACACAUGAUCGGCUGGAUCCGAAUGGCCAUCAUCUACUUUGUCUCGGGAAUCGGCGGAUACUUGGCCAGCGCUUCCUUCGCACCAUACAUGGUAUGUUUGAUAUAGUGGUAGUGGUGGUUGUCACUUUUUUGGUCGAUUUUUUGCUUAUUUUAAGCGUUUUUUUUGGUAUUUUUUAAAGUUUUUUUGGGUUACCUUGAUUUUUUUGCCAUUUUUGGGGAUUCUGUAUGUCGCUGUAGCGUUUAGAGCCACAUUUUCAGCAGUUUGAUACAAUUUAUGCAAAUUUUUGAAAUUUUUUUGAAUAUGCAAAUUUUUGAAAAUUAUGCAAAUUUUGCGAUUUUUCAGCCUAGUGUCGGUCCCGCCAGCGCUCAAGCUGGUGUCCUAGGCGCACUGGUCCUGAAUGUGAUCUACAAUUGGAAUGUUUUGACGAAUCCGAAACGAGCCCUACUGCAACAUCUUGCCCUGGCCGCAUUCCUGUUUUUGACCGGAUUCUUCCCGUACAUAGACAAUUGGGCACAAGUCACUGGCUUCAUCUACGGAAUGAUCAUGUUUGUCGGUAAGAAUUUGAAAUUUUUCGAAAAUUUGUGCGAUUUUUUAUAUUAUCUAUGAGAAAUGUGGGGUGAAGAGGAUUGGAAAUUUUCGAGAAUAGAUUGUACCGUUCGUAUUUUCAGCGGUGGUUCCGUACGUGACGUUUGGCCGAGGAACCCGACUGGUGAUCGUGAUCUUCUCCUUGAUCACGGCCGGUGUUCUGACCUUCUUCCUGAUGGUCCUCUUCUACGGCCUGCCGGUCAUUGACAGCCCAUGGCUGGACAAGUUCAACUGCCCCUUCAGCGGUCAUAUCUGCGAACAACAGGGGCUCACACUUCGAUCCUGGCUGCCUAUAUGA